CGGCGACCGAGCGGAGCCGGGCUCGGAGCCCUCAGUCUGCCCGAGCUGCGGAUGUGGGCGCGGGACAAGCACUCGGCGCCUCCCCCCAAGAUGGACAGCCGCUACACCAGCACCGCGGGCAUCGGGGACUUGAACCAGCUGAGCGCGGCCAUCCCGGCCACGCGGGUGGAGGUGUCGGUGUCCUGCAGAAAUCUUCUUGACAGAGACACAUUUUCUAAAUCUGAUCCAAUUUGUGUCUUAUAUAUACAAGGAGUUGGAAAUAAAGAAUGGAGAGAGUUUGGAAGGACCGAAGUAAUUGAUAACACAUUAAAUCCGGAUUUUGUAAGAAAAUUUAUUCUGGACUACUUUUUCGAAGAAAGAGAGAAUCUUCGUUUUGACUUGUAUGAUGUUGAUUCAAAGAGCCCUAACUUGUCCAAACAUGACUUUCUGGGACAAGUGUUUUGUACAUUGGGUGAGAUUGUUGGUUCACAGGGAAGCCGCCUGGAAAAGCCAAUAGUAGGAAUUCCAGGGAAGAAAUGUGGUACUAUCAUACUUACAGCUGAGGAAUUAAACUGUUGCAGGGAUGCUGUUCUGAUGCAAUUUUGUGCUAACAAAUUGGACAAGAAGGACUUCUUUGGGAAAUCGGACCCUUUUCUUGUAUUUUAUCGAAGUAAUGAAGAUGGCAGUUUUACAAUUUGUCAUAAAACAGAAGUUGUCAAAAACACUCUCAAUCCUGUAUGGCAAGCAUUCAAGAUCUCCGUCAGGGCAUUAUGUAAUGGCGAUUACGACAGAACAAUCAAAGUAGAGGUAUAUGACUGGGAUCGGGAUGGGAGCCAUGAUUUCAUUGGUGAAUUUACAACAAGCUACAGAGAACUUUCUAGAGGGCAGUCACAAUUCAACGUGUAUGAGGUGGUGAAUCCCAAAAAGAAAGUAAAAAAGAAAAAAUAUAUUAAUUCGGGAACAGUAACCUUACUCUCUUUCUUGGUAGAAACAGAAGUUUCAUUCCUUGACUAUAUUAAAGGAGGAACGCAAAUCAAUUUCACAGUCGCUAUUGAUUUUACAGCAUCAAAUGGCAACCCUGCCCAGCCUACUUCUCUCCACUACAUGAAUCCUUACCAACUGAACGCCUAUGGGAUGGCACUGAAAGCAGUGGGAGAAAUCGUUCAAGAUUAUGACAGUGAUAAAAUGUUCCCAGCUCUAGGUUUUGGUGCAAAGCUGCCUCCAGAUGGAAGGAUAUCUCACGAGUUUGCUUUGAAUGGGAACCCUCAAAACCCCUACUGUGAUGGCAUUGAGGGCGUGAUGGAGGCUUAUUAUAGGAGCCUGAAGUCUGUGCAGCUAUAUGGGCCAACCAACUUUGCUCCUGUAAUUAAUCACGUAGCAAGAUAUGCUUCUUCUGUAAAGGAUGGCUCCCAGUAUUUUGUGCUCCUGAUUGUGACAGAUGGUGUUAUCUCAGAUAUGGCUCAAACAAAGGAGUCUAUAGUUAACGCUUCAAAACUUCCAAUGUCAAUAAUUAUAGUUGGUGUCGGACCAGCAGAAUUUGAUGCAAUGAUUGAGUUGGAUGGAGAUGAUGUACGAGUUUCCUCCAGAGGAAAAUAUGCUGAAAGGGACAUUGUGCAGGUAAGACGUUUGAUGAGAAUUACCUAUUUUGUUCAUUGUGAACAGCCCUCGUCAGUUCUGAUUUGUAAAUGAACAACUUAUAUUGAAAUUGAGAGUCAGGUUCUGUUUAAUUUAAUUGGUGGAUUAUCUAUAGAAUAAGCACCAAUUACUUUCCCCUGGACUUUAGGUUCACCGCAUAUAAAAUAGAAUUGCUAAUAAGUUAUUUGUAUUAUUAUUUUAUUAUUACCUACUUUAUUAUUACCAGAAACUAUUGAGAUUUUUAGUGAAAUUAGAAUCUAGAAACAUAAUGAGUUUUUUAAUGAUGCUUAUCAAUUCAUGAUUUAGUCUGCAACAAAAACUAAAUGUACUUUAAGACAGCUUAUUUAUAUUCAGAGUAGGUAAAUUUAGUACAAACAAACCAAAAAUGUAGAUAUUUUCAUACUUCCUUUGUAUAUUAUGGUUAGCAAAGUGA